UGAUUUUGUCACUCUGAAAAUGUUGUUACUGAAUGCUUUUCACACCUGGAUGGUCAGGAUAUAACUUUUUAUGAUGCCUUUUCUGCAGAUCUUGUCUUUAGGUGCUGGCUUUGACUCGUUAUACUUCCGUUUGAAGGACAUGGGUCUUCUGCAUCACACUGUGGUAUAUGAGGUGGAUUUCCCAAAUGUGGCACGCCAAAAAGCUGCUCUGAUCAGAAGAAUGGAAGAGUUGUCGGCAUUGGUGGGAAGCAGUGAAGGGGAAGGAUUAGGAGUUGUUACCUUUUCUGGAAAGGAUUAUAAAUUAUUGGGAGUGGAUUUAUCACAGCUGUCUCAGCUGGAGAGAGCCCUGGAGGAAGCAGGUUUGGACACUGAAAUCGCCACCCUCUUCAUAGCAGAGGUGGUGCUCACCUACAUGGAAAAUAGCAGGUCUGAUGCCCUGAUUCAGUGGGCAGCAGAGCAUUUCUCUCAGGCGUGCUUUCUGCUGUAUGAGCAGAUGCACCCAGAAGACCCCUUUGGACAUGUCAUGCAGCAGCAUUUUAACCAGCUGAACUCUACACUUCAUUCUGUGGCACAGUACCCUGAUUGUGAGGCACAGCAGAAGCGCUUCUUGGCAAAGGGCUGGACUGAGUGCAGUGUCAUGGAUAUGAAUGAGUUUUUCACCUGUUGUACUCCAGAAGAUGAGCAGCAAAGAGUGCAGACUCUGGAGCCUUUUGAUGAAUAUGAGGAAUGGCACCUGAAGUGUUCUCAUUACUUUGUCCUGGCUGCAUCAAAGGGGAUGGAACCUUCCUGGGCUCCACUGUUACCCAGUAUGACAGUUCCCCAUGGUGCUGUUGGGAUGGCUGGGAGUGUCCUUGCAGUGCGUGCGAUGCGCUCUGACACUUCCGGGCUGAGACGUUACGGUCACCACUCUGUUCUUCUCAAAUGCGAUGUGAUACUCACCACUGGAGGCUUUGGGGAGGAGGAUGGACAGCACUGCCGGAUGAGGAAUUUCCACGUGCUAAUAAAACAUGCAGGCUGCUGGAAAGCUGGCUGUGUGAAGAAGGAAAAUACUGAUAAAAGAUCGGAUGAGCGGCUGUUCCAUACUGUGUCAUGUGUCUCCAACAAUCUGGCCUUGGUGGUAGGAGGACGAACAUCCCCAUCAAGUGCAGGCUUGGGAAUGUUGUUGCUGAAGUUCCAUGAAACCUGUAAUGCCUUGGACCCAGGUGACAUUACAGUGAAACUUGCAAGUCUGCAGCCUGCUGCUGAGCCAGCUGCUUUGCGUUGGAGGCACAGCACAACUGAAGUGAUGUUUAAAGGCAAGAAGUACCUGUUUGUGUAUGGUGGCCGCUCUGCUCUGGAGCCUGUGCUGGGGGACUGGUAUUUCUUGCACACUCGAGAGCUUUCCUGCACUGGGAUUCCUGUGGAGGGUCCAAUACCAGAAAGCCGUCACUCUCACUCUGCCUGUAGCUGGAAAGGAGGAGUGGUAAUUGCAGGAGGUCUGGGAGCAGCUGAGCGGCCGUUAGGUUCAGUUUUCUUUCUGAAGGAGCUUGAACAUGGCUUUCAAUGGCAGACAGUAGAGACACACCCCCCUCUCAUACCCAGGUAUUCACAUACUGCACAUGUGCAUGGCGGAAAACUUCUGCUUGUUGGUGGAGUGUGGUUUCACUCAUCCUCUGUGCCAGGCAUCACUGUCAUUGACUUAAUGAGUGGUCUCUGCUUGGACUAUAUGAUUAAUGUGGCUGUCUCCUUUGUGGUGAAGAGGGCAUGGUUGUUCAUUGCUUCUUCUGAUGUAAGAACUAGGAGGCAUCAAAAGAAGCUGGUUGGCAGUACACUUCAAAAGAGUGCUUCAUAUAACACAUAGGUAAGCUCUGGAGCUCCUUGCCGCAGGAUAUGAAUGCCAAAGGUUUACAUAGAUUCAGAAAGCGAUGGGCUAUGUUCCUGGAAGAAAACCAUUAAGGGUUCAGGGUUACAAAGACAUUGUCAUUAACAAUCUGGCAUGCUUUAAGCCCAGCCUGCAACCCAGAACCAUGCAGCCGCUCGCUCACUACCCCUCUUCCUCCCCCUGCUCCCAGAGGGAUGGGGAGGAGAACUGAAAGAAUGUAACUCCCACAGGCUGAGAUAAGAACAGUCCAGUAACUAAGGUGUAACACAAAACCACUGCUGCCACCACCAAUAAUAAUAAUGAUAAGGGAAAUAACAAGGGAAGAGAAUACAACUGCUCACCACCUGCCGACAGAUACCCAGCCCAACUCAAGCAGGGAUCUAGGCCUUCUGGGUAACUGCCCCCAGUUUCUAUACUGGGCAUGACAUGCUGUGGUAUGGAAUACCUUUUUGGUCAGUUUGGGUCAGGUGUCCUGUCUCUGCUUCCUUGCGGCUUCUCCUCCUCCCUAACAGAGCAUGAGACUCAGAAAGGCCUUGGUCAGAGUAAACAUUACUGAGCAGCAACUAAAACCACCGGUGUCAUCAGCGCUGUUCCAGGCUGAAAGUCAAAAACACAGCACUGCACCAGCUACUAAGAAAAAUGACUGCUACUGCUGAACCCAGGACACAAUCACUGAACUGCAAGUUGUUGAGGGGACUAUACUAGAGGAGUGUGUUCUGGUUUCCUUGGUCAUGUGUUCUCUAGCUGUUUAUUUUCUGUCCACAUUUGUGGGUGGUAUAGUGGACUAGGUGGGACGCACUUUGAUUGUUCGUAACUUCCUAAUGAAGGUAUGAUGUGAAAUAACCUCUACAGCAUUGUAUGAA